GUUGGGUAGACAGGAGUGGAUCCUGACAGUACCGAAAAUAUCAUUAAAAAAGGCAGCUGAUUGAAGAGAGUUGUCCUCCGAUUUCUUGCUUUGAGACAGCGUAACUGACUCUCUGAAAGUGCCUUGUGAGCUGAAAAGGAUCAGAAAUGAAGUUCAGGGCUGCGGCGGCAGGGAGUGACGGUAUCCGGUUGACAAUGGAGAGUGCUCUGACAGCCCGUGACCGUGUGGGGGUUCAGGAUUUCGUCCUGCUGGAGAACUUUACUAGCGAAGCAGCCUUUAUUGAAAACCUACGUAAACGAUUCAAGGAGAAUCUGAUCUAUACUUACAUUGGCUCAGUUCUGGUAUCAGUAAAUCCAUACAAGGAUCUGGAAAUCUACAGCAAACAACACAUGGAGCGAUACCGUGGCGUCAGUUUCUAUGAAGUCUCUCCUCACCUUUAUGCUAUUGCUGACAACUCAUACCGUUCCCUUCGCAUUGAGAGGAAGGAUCAGUGUAUCCUGAUAUCUGGGGAGAGCGGAGCUGGAAAAACUGAAGCCACCAAGAAAAUCCUGCAGUACUAUGCAGUGACAUGUCCAGCCAGUGACCAAGUUGAAACAGUGAAAGAUCGCCUCCUACAGUCCAAUCCGGUCUUAGAGGCAUUUGGAAAUGCAAAAACCCUUCGGAAUGAUAACUCCAGCCGAUUUGGGAAAUACAUGGAUGUGCAGUUUGAUUACAAGGGGGCACCUGUGGGGGGUCACAUCCUGAACUACCUACUGGAGAAAUCUCGGGUUGUCCAUCAGAAUCAUGGAGAGAGGAACUUUCACAUCUUCUACCAGCUGUUAGAGGGAGGGGAAGAUGACCUACUGCGGCGUCUGGGCCUUGAGAAGAACCCCCAACAGUACCAUUAUCUUGUGAAGGGUCAGUGUGCGAGGGUCAGUUCCAUCAGUGAUAAAAACGACUGGAAGGUUGUGCGAAGGGCCCUGUCAGUCAUUAACUUCAACGACAAUGAGGUAGAGGAUUUGCUGAGCAUUGUAGCUAGUGUGUUGCACCUGGGGAAUGUGCAGUUUGCUGCCGAUGAACAGGGCAAUGCUCAGGUGACCACAGAGAACCAGAUUAAAUAUCUGGCCAGGCUCCUGGGGGUUGAGGGCUCUGUGCUCCGGGAAGCACUGAUCCACAAGACGAUCAUAGCAAAAGGGGAAGAGUUGGUCAGUCCUCUGAAUCUGGAGCAGGCAGCCUAUGCACGGGAUGCUCUAGCCAAGGCAGUAUAUGGGCGCACCUUCUCCUGGCUAGUGAAUAAGAUUAACAAGUCUCUUGCCUACAAGGAGGCAGAAUGCCCAGGCUGGAGGAGUGCAACAGUUCUAGGGCUGCUUGACAUUUAUGGAUUUGAGGUUUUCCAGCACAAUAGCUUUGAGCAGUUUUGUAUUAAUUAUUGUAAUGAAAAACUGCAGCAGCUCUUCAUAGAACUCACACUAAAAUCAGAACAAGAGGAGUAUGAGUCAGAAGGCAUAGCGUGGGAACCUGUCCAGUAUUUCAAUAACAAAAUCAUUUGUGAUCUGGUGGAAGAGAAAUUCAAAGGCAUAAUUUCUAUUUUGGAUGAGGAGUGUCUGAGACCUGGGGAUGCCACAGACAUGACAUUUUUGGAGAAGCUGGAGGAAACGGUGAAGAAUCAUCCUCAUUUUCUCACACAUAAGCUGGCUGACCAGAAGACUCGGAAGUCUCUAGGGCGAGAAGAGUUCCGUCUCUUGCACUAUGCUGGAGAGGUCACCUACAGUGUCACAGGUUUUCUGGAUAAAAAUAAUGACCUUCUAUUUCGGAACCUGAAGGAGACCAUGUGCAACUCGGAGAAUCCCAUCAUAAAUCAUUGUUUUGAGAGGACUGAGUUGACGGAUAAAAAGAGACCUGAAACGGCAGCAACUCAGUUUAAGAACAGUCUGUCCAAACUAAUGGAAAUUCUGAUGUCCAAGGAGCCAUCAUACAUUCGCUGCAUUAAACCUAAUGAUGCUAAACAAGCUGGUCGGUUUGAUGAAGUUCUAAUCCGACAUCAAGUGAAGUACUUAGGACUGAUGGAGAACCUGAGAGUGCGCAGAGCUGGUUUUGCUUAUCGCCGGAAAUAUGAAAUAUUCCUGCAGAGGUACAAAUCACUCUGUUCAGAAACGUGGCCCAUGUGGGAAGGGAGGCCCCAUGAUGGAGUGGCUGUGCUCGUGAAACAUCUAGGCUACAAACAGGAAGAGUAUAAGAUGGGCCGAACAAAGAUUUUUAUUCGUUUUCCCAAGACUUUGUUUGCAACAGAAGAUGCUUUGGAGAUACGGAAGCAGAGUCUGGCCACAAAAAUCCAGGCCACAUGGAGAGGCUUCUAUUGGCGACAGAAAUUCCUGCACAUGAAACAUUCAGCAAUAACUAUCCAGUCGUGGUGGCGUGGAACCCAGGGGCGCCGAAAAGCCACCAAGAAAAAGUGGGCAGUGGAGACAAUUAGACGGUUUAUUAAAGGUUUUAUUUACCGGAACUACCCUCGCUGCUCAGAGAAUGAAUACUUCCUAGAUUACAUUCGCUACUCCUUCUUGAUGAACCUCAAACGCAAUUUACCAAAGAAUGUUUUGGACAAAUCAUGGCCAACUCCCCCUCCAUCACUCUGCGAGGUAUCUCAGCUCUUGAGACAGCUGUGUAUGCAAAACAUGGUGUGGAGCUACUGCAAGAGAAUCAGCCCAGAAUGGAAACAGCAGUUAGAUCAGAAAGUGGUUGCAAGUGAGAUGUUUAAGGGUAAAAAAGACAAUUAUCCUCAGAGUGUUCCCAGACUCUUCAUCAACACUCGACUUGGCACCGAAGAGAUAAACCCUAAAGUCCUUCAGGUUUUAGGAAAUGAAACAAUCAAGUAUGCAGUUCCUGUGGUCAAGUAUGACCGGAAAGGAUACAAGGCAAGAGUGCGGCAGCUACUUCUCACUCAGAAUGCCAUCUUCAUAGUUGAAGAAGCCAAAAUCAAACAACGAAUUGAUUAUGCCAAUCUGACAGGAAUCUCAGUCAGCAGCUUGAGUGACAGUUUGUUUGUGCUGCAUGUGAGCUGUGAGGAUAACAAACAGAAGGGAGAUGUUGUACUACAAAGUGAUCAUGUCAUUGAGACACUAACCAAAACUGCCAUGAGUGCUGACAAAAUCAAUAAUGUCAACAUCAGUCAAGGCAGCAUAAAAUUUACAAUUGGGCAAGGCAAAGAAGGAAUAAUUGACUUUACUUCAGGAUCUGAACUGCUCAUAGCCAAAGCCAAAAAUGGCCACCUUGCUGUGGUUGCUCCUCGUUUGAAUUCUCGAUGAUAAAAUUUGUCAGCAGGAAAGGAUCUGUUCCUCCAUCAAUCUGGAUUGCCUUUUAUACCAGUGGUUGGACGUACUUCCCUGCAGUUUUUUUUUUUUUUGUUAUUUUUUGCUGCUUGCUCAUUUCCUUAAUAGUUACCAAAGAACUGCACUUCCAUAAAACAAAGUGAAAACAAGAGAAUGUAAUCUGAAACUACCAAAAAAAAAAAAAAGCACCUCCUUACUGGCAACUGCAUGGGUCUGAGUUUGUUUUUACAGCUGGGGCUCAUGGAAACUCAUGUACUUGGCUGGGCUCAGUGGGAGUUAAGAUUGUCAUUGCUGCAGAGACCAAGCCCUGAAGUGAAAUUACCAACUUUUUCUGAUCUGUCCUGAUACGUACAAAAGCAUGAUCAUAAGAAAUACAAAGUGGCAGAUCUGUAUUGGCCAACUCAAGAAAGUGCCAGACUUUAUCAUCAGAGAACAAUUUAUGAAGAAUUUUGCUUUGUCACUUUCUGAUGCUUUGUAUAAAACUAUUAAGAAGCCAUAUAUAAAUGAGUAAAACCCUGUAAAUAUUUUUUAGCUGAGUGGGUGAGUUGCACUAAGAAAAGCAGAGCUUCUAUGGGAACUUUUGAGACUUUUCAAAAACAAUUACGGAAGGUAAUGUAGCAAAUGUACUCUUAAAGCACCCAUCUUUCCUCAUAUGGCCCCUGCCUCCCAAAGGUGCCCCCCCUUUCCUGUGCUAUAGUUCCUGUUUCUUAUGCCCACCUUCCUAACAUGUGCAUGCAUGUGUGUAAAAGACUUUGCAGACACAGACAGCUCCCCCACCACUAUGUGAUGCCUGAAAGAGCCCUUGUGUGUUUGUUGGCCCUUGCCACAUGCCUUAGUAGUAUUGGUGAAGGAUUCACAAGUGACCUGUUCUGGCAUAAAAAUAUACCUCCCCUAAAACCUCUGGUCUCUGCCCAAGUUGCUAUGUGCUACAGUUAUUCAGCAGUGCCGUAGGUAAAAUCCCUACAUAGCGGCAGGGGGAGUUAGGCGUUUGCAUUCUCAAAAUAAAAACACACAGACCUUAGAAAUGGCCUUUGACAAACACAGUUUUAAAUGGAAACAGCUUAGCCACAUGGUGGCUGCACUUUGUGGAAUCCUUGCCAUUAAAUUCCAUGCUAUAUCAUUUUACUCUAUAGCUAAGAGUGAACUGUGUAUGUUAAAAUAUUCACCAAAACUGCACAGGGGGGUAGGGGGAAGGAAGAGCACUACUGAGGCAAAUAGAGCUAAAUAUGAAGAAUUUUUUUUUUAAAUUUAGGAGGAAAAAGCUUGGAGGUGAACUGCUUUCUAGUAAACAGCUGAAUCACAGUGAGCUGCAACCUCCACAGUCUACUGAUAAAGAUAGGCUGCAAGGCACCAUGUACUUGCCUCCAUAAUUCCAUCUGUAAUCAUGGGGCAGUGGCAAGCACACUUUAAGCUCAAAAAACCAAACAUGCUGCCACUGGUAUGCAAGAAGCUCACUCUAAUACUGUGUUUUCCCCCUACUUCUGUAUGUUAUCAGAUUAAACACUGCAUCAAGCCUGGAAUGCUGUACACUCUGUAGUGUAUAUACUAUAUUAAUGCUGUAUACACUUAAUGAUAUAAUCCCUAAAGUCUGCUAAAUAAACUUUUUUUUUUAAACAAAACUGA